AUGUCAUAUUUCAGCAAGACAGACCACACCACCCAUUGCCCAUGGAAGGGUGACGCCUCAUACUACAGCAUCAAUCUCGACAAAACGGAGCUCAAGAACGCGGCGUGGUACUAUCCGACGCCGAAGGACAAGGCGAGCAACAUCAAGGACUAUGUCGCUUUCUACAAAGAAUUCAGCCCAGAAGAAGUUACCCAGGAUGACUUCACGACAUACGUCGAAUCUGCCGCCGAGGCUCUUUCUCCGUUGGACUACGAGAUUCGAUCCACGGAAGAUCAAAUCACCAAAGCAAGGGUUUGGGGAAUUGUGAACAGUAUCAGUGAUCCAUUGACACAGAUGGCCACGACGAGAACCACCGAAGAGAUGCUCUAUCUUAAGAGAUUACUGGAUGGCAUGUUUGAAACAUUUAAUACUAAGCGACGAGAAGUCAUGGCCAUCACAAGUAUGCAAGCCAUGGAGAAGAAAGUCCUCCGAGGGGAAAAUCGAGCGAGCGAUGGCGAUGCGGUCACGGCAGUUGACAAAGGGCUUACGCCAGGAGAGGCCGAGAAACUCUUACAAAGUCUCAUUGACGAAAAGUGGCUAGAAAGGAGUACACAAGGUUUCUACCGACUCUCAACUCGAGCUUUGAUGGAACUCCAGAAUUGGCUCACCGAGACAUACAACGACGACACGGACGACCCGAACGAAUGGCAGAGGAUCAAGUUCUGCGAAGCUUGCAAGCACAUUGUUACAGUCGGACAGCGUUGCACAGAACCAACUUGUAACGUAAGGCUCCACAAUAUCUGUGAAGUUGCUUUUUGGAAUUCAAGGCCGAAUAAAAAAUGUCCCAAAUGCGACACAGACUGGGACGGUAAGCACUACGUUGGACAGAAAGCUGUCACCACUACCGAGGACUAUCUUCGAGGGAAGAGGAAGUCCGGCGUGUCGAAACGAAGCAGAGGCGAUGACGAUGUAGAGGCGGGCGGCAGUAGAAGGAAAAGUCGACGUGAAGCUCAAGAGGUGAACGACGGUGCUGAUGCGGAGGUUGAAGGAGACGCCGAGGAGGAUGGGGAAGAAGAGGCUGACGACCAAGACGAUUGA